UCUACCCGGACAUUUAUUUCCGACGCACCAAACAUCUUCCUGGUUUGACGUGGAGAAGAUUGUUUACAAUGUCAGAGAAUAAAGUCGAAAUGUCAACUGAAACCGCUUUAAUUCAAAACAGCGGCAAUGUGCCUUGUCAGCAGAAUAACCCACUGUCUAGGAAACUCAAUAAAAUUCUAGAGACCAGGCUCGAUAAUGACAAGGAGAUGUUGGAAGCUCUGAAGGCUCUGUCGGUGUUCUUCACAGAGAACAGUCUUCGGACCCGCAGGAACCUGCGGGGAGACAUCGAGAGACGGAGCCUGAACAUCAACGAAGAGUUUGCCAGGAUAUUUAAAGAUGUUAAAGAGGAGCUGGAGAGUGUGCACGAGGACGUCCAGGCCAUGAGCACCUGUUGUGAAGAGAUGACCAGCAGAUUGAAGGCAGCCAAGGAUCAGACCCAGGACCUGAUAGUGAAGACCAACAAGCUGCAGGGAGAGAAUCAUCGUUUAGAGGUGCGGUCCCAGGUGGCUCAGGCCUUCCUGUCUAAGUUCCAGCUGUCCUCUGAAGAGAUGGACACACUACGAGGGGUAAGAGACGCACCCGUCACGGAGGACUUCUUCAAGGCUCUGAGCAGAGUGAAGAACAUCCAUGAAGACGUCAGGAUUCUCCUGAGGACCAACCAGCAGACUGCAGGGCUGGACAUCAUGGAGCAGAUGGCUGUGUUACAGGAGACAUCCUACGAACAGCUCUACCGCUGGACACAGAAUGAGUGCCGUGGUCUGACCCAGGAGUCCUGUGACAUCAGUCCAGUGCUUAGUCAGGCUAUGGAGGCCUUGCAGGACCGCCCUGUUCUCUACAAGUACACCUUGGAUGAGUUUGGGACAGCUCGGAGGUGUGUGGUGGUGCGGGGGUUCAUUGAUGCCCUGACCAGAGGGGGUCCAGGGGGCACGCCUCGACCCAUAGAGAUGCACUCCCACGACCCUAUGAGGUACGUAGGGGACAUGUUGGCGUGGCUGCACCAAGCCACCGCAUCGGAGAAGGAGCAUCUGGAGGCCCUGCUGAAACAAGUCACAGCACGAGCACCAGGAGUGGAUGAGACCAUGCAAGAGGUGGUGGGACACAUCACUGAGGGAGUCUGCAGACCUCUUAAAGUGCGUCUGGAGCAGGGAAUCUUGGCUGAGCCGGGUUCUGUUCUACUCUACAAGCUGUCCAACCUGCUCAAGUUCUACCACCACACCAUCAGUUGUAUCGUGGGCACCAGUGUAGCCUCCCUGCUGAUGACCAUCGAAGAGAUGCACAUCCUCAGCAAGAAGAUGUUUUUCAACAGUCUCAGUCUCCACGCGAGCAGGCUCAUGGACAAGGUGGAGCUCCCCCCUCCAGAUCUGGGCCCCACCUCCUCUCUGACCCAGACCCUGGCUCUCCUGAGGGAGGUGUUGGCAUCUCAUGACUCCUCUGUCGUUCCUCUGGACGCUCGCCAGGCUGACUUCGCUCAGGUGUUGUCUUGUAUUCUGGACCCCCUGCUCCAGCUGUGUACAGUGUCAGCCAGUAACCUCGGCACUGCAGACAUGGCGGUGUACAUGGUGAACUCUCUGUAUGUGAUGAAGACCACCCUGGCUCUGUUUGAGUUCACAGACAAGAGGCUGGAGAUGCUGGAGUUCCAGAUUGAAGCUCACCUGGACACGCUGAUCAACGAACAGGCUUCGUUCGUUCUGACCCGUGCUGGACUGAGUUACAUCUACAGCUGUGUACAGCAGCACAGCCCGGAACAGGGCCCUCUGUCUAACCUCCCCAGUAUGGACAGCUCCUCUCUGAAAGCAUCCAUGACCCAGUUUGAUCGUUACCUGUCUUCUCCUGAUACCAUGGUGAUGUCUCAACUCAACUUCCUCCUCAGUGCUGCCAUCAAAGAUCAGAUCUUCAACCAGUCGGCAGAGCUGGUGUGCAGGGCGUAUGGAGAGGUGUACACAGCCGUGACCAGCCCAGCCAACAGCUACAAGGAACCAGACAACCUGGUACCACGGUCUCCUCAGCAGGUCCAGGCUCUGCUGUCCUAACACACCCGGUCUCACCUCGGCUCUACGUGUCUCUCUGGACCCACCUGAAGACUACUCACACAGUGGUGAAGGAAGAAAGGCCAAUGGCUUUUGUGAAGUGGACCGUUGCAUGAAAUGAUUGUGUGUUAAGUUAUAACCUGUGUAUGUAAAUAGAACUGGGAAUAAAUGAGCUUUAACAGGAA